AUGCCGAUGGUUCCCUUCCUAUGCUACUAUCCUGAUGCUGUCAAGAUGGCACGAGAGAACCAAUACGGCGAGUUGAACAACUACUUCAUUCGCUAUCCUGAACGGGAAGCGGAAGGGAUGAAGACGUUGAGCUACGUUGACAAUAUGAACCUUGCGCCGUGGAUAACCUGUCCGACGCUGGUCUCUGUUGGCUUGCGGGACACAACCUGUCCGCCCUCUACUGUUUAUGCUACCUAUAACCAUCUCACCUGCGAGAAGGAGAUCUUGCAUUACCCCUACGACAUGCACAGCGGUGGCGGUGAUGCACACAGGGAGCGGGUAGUCGAGUGGGCGCACCGGUUGAAUCCGUGA